CAUAUUCAAGCUGAGAAGAGGAAACUUACAGCAUAAACAGCUGAAAAUCAAAUGAAUAAAUGUAGAAGGACAUUUCAAAGGAAAGGAGGAGACUGGAAGAAAAAGAAACGGCAAGGACAAGGAAAAACAGGAUAAGGAACAGGUUAAAAGAGCUUACUGGUAAAGCUGAAGAGCGACAAGAGCUGACAACAUCUACAAAGCCAGAGUGACAACAAGAGCAUUCAGAGUGAAGCACUGGGGUCUGAGGACAUGCUGAAAGCACGGCCGUAUGUUUUAGUCUCCAGAGAUCCUGUCGUCAUCACCACGGAGCUUCAUCAGUGGCUGCACUUGAAGAAAAGAGUGCUAACUGCACUAACUAUAAGGACCAAAGUGGACAACAUCAACAGUUACCAAUGCCUCGUUCACUCUCUGAGCCUGAGAUUAAGCUCAGACAGAGUGUCCUCUUAGAGUAAUUAGGAGGGAAUGCAGUGAUCAUCUUGGAUCCUGUCCUGAUCCUGACCCGCUAGCGAUUAGCAAUCAAUCACCAAGGGGGGCGCUUUGCAGAGCAGUUCCAUUAACCACUUUACUGCAUUUCUUCCUUUCUCUUUCACUCCAUUUCUCUCUCCUCUUCUGUUUCCCCAUCUAUUUCACUCUCUUUCCCUCACUUUUCCUCUCCUUCACUCUUCUCCAACUCAUUCUUUCUUUGGAAUGGAGUGAUACUUGCUGUAGGACUUGCUACCAGCCAUGCCUGUCAUGAAGGGGCUUCUUGCCCCUCAGAACACCUUCUUGGACACCAUCGCAAAGCGCUUUGACGGCACCCACAGUAACUUCCUGCUGGGAAAUGCUCAGGGCUCUCGCGGCUACCCCAUCGUUUACUGUUCAGAUGGUUUCUGCGAGCUGACUGGCUUUGCUCGGACCGAGGUCAUGAAGAAGACUUGUAUGUGUCAUUUCCUGCAUGGCUCAGAAACGAGGGAGAGAGUGACCCAGCAGGUUCAGAAGACCCUGGAGGGGCAGAGGGAGUACCAGGCCGAAGUCCGCUACUAUAAGAAGAACGGAACUCCAUUUUGGUGCCUGCUGGACAUUGUACCCAUAAAGAAUGAGAAAGGAGAAGUAGUGCUUUUCCUCUUCUCCUUCAAAGACAUCACUGAGUCCUACGGCAAGACUCACCACUGCUCCAGGAGUCAAGAGGAUGGCAUGCAGCACAGGAAGUCCAGCCGCUCACAUCUGAGUCGUGCACGCGAGCGUGGGCGGAGCGUUCUGUACCACCUGACCAGUCAGUUCACCAAUAGGAGCAAAGGGAAGCUGGCAAAUAACGUGUUUUCCAAGCCCACCCUACCGGAGUAUAAAGUUGCGUCAGUCCAGAAGUCCCGCUUCAUCCUGCUCCACUAUAGCGUGUGCAAAGCACUGUGGGACUGGUUAAUCCUCCUUGCGACUUUCUACGUGGCCGUCACCGUUCCAUACAACGUGUGCUUCUCCACCCCUGAUGACAGUAACCAUGACGACCCAGAGUGUGAUUCCACCUCUCGGAGCACCAUCGUCAGUGACAUAGCUGUGGAGAUGCUUUUCAUCCUGGAUAUCAUCUUGAACUUCCGCACCACCUACGUGGGGCCGGCAGGUCAGGUGGUGUAUGACUCCCGGUCAAUCUGCCUGCACUACUCAGCCACCUGGUUUGUCCUGGACCUCAUUGCUGCCCUGCCCUUCGAUCUCCUCUAUGCAUUCAAUGUCUCAGUGACGUCGUUGGUACACCUGCUGAAGACAGUGCGAUUGCUACGGUUGCUGCGUUUGCUGCAGAAGCUGGACCGCUACUCGCAGUACAGCGCAGUGGUCCUUACUCUUCUCAUGUCCGUCUUCGCCCUGCUUGCCCACUGGCUUGCCUGUGUCUGGUACGUCAUUGGCCGCAAAGAACUGGCUAGCAAUGACCCGCUCACCUGGGACAUUGGCUGGCUGCAGGAGUUGGGGAAGCGUUUGGAGACCCCCUACACCAAUGGGACAGUUGGAGGCCCUUCCAUGCGCAGUGCUUACAUUGCCUCGCUCUACUUCACUCUGAGCAGUCUGACUAGCGUGGGCUUCGGCAAUGUCUGCGCCAACACCGACGCAGAGAAGAUCUUCUCCAUCUGCACUAUGCUCAUCGGAGCCCUGAUGCAUGCAGUGGUGUUUGGCAACGUGACAGCCAUCAUCCAGCGCAUGUACUCUCGCCGUUCUCUGUACCACACACGCAUGAAGGACCUGAAGGACUUCAUCCGCGUGCACCGUCUGCCUCGCCAGCUAAAGCAGCGCAUGCUGGAGUACUUCCAGACCACUUGGUCUGUCAACAACGGCAUCAACGCCAACGAGCUCCUGCAUGACUUCCCUGAUGAGUUGCGGGCAGAUAUCGCCAUGCACCUGAACAAGGACAUCCUGCAGCUGCCACUCUUUUCGUCUGCCAGUAGGGGGUGCCUGCGCUCCCUCUCUCUGCACAUCAAGACUUCUUUCUGUGCCCCAGGCGAGUACCUCAUCCGGCAUGGAGAUGCCCUGCACGCCCACCACUUCGUCUGCUCUGGAUCCCUAGAAGUGCUGAAGGACAGCAUGGUACUCGCUAUACUGGGUAAGGGAGACCUGAUUGGAGCAGACCUGCCGGGCCGGGAUCAGGUGAUCAAGGCUAAUGCGGAUGUGAAGGCUCUGACCUACUGUGACCUGCAGUACAUCAGCAUCAGAGCCCUGCGCGAGGUGCUGGAGCUGUAUCCUGAAUACGGUAGCCGCUUCACAGAGGACAUUCAUCACAACCUCACCUACAACCUCAGAGAGGGCCAGACUCGAUUUCCUCGCUCACCAAAAAUCUCACAGGAUCUUCAUACAAAGUUGCCCUUUAUUGUGGAAGCGGAUGAAGAGGAUGAUGCUGGACAGGAAGUGGUCAGGCAGCCUUUGCUCUCCAGUAUAGGCAGAUCCUCAUCCCAGUCCACUCUGAGCGCCAUGCUGGGGGAGGAGUUACGACAUUUUAAUAUGCUCCGCCUCUGCCGCUCUCCAGCGCAGGGUUACCGGGGACAGAGCCCCGGCCCUCCACUGGCAGCCAGUGAAGAGCUGUGUGCUCCUGUAGUUGACACAGGCCCCACCCACCGGCCGGCCAAGCUACUCAUCCCAUCCCUCAACUGUGUCAGCCCGCUGGACCUGAGCCCCAGGGUUGUUGAUGGUAUUGAGGAUAACGAACCAGCUUUUCACUUCAAUGUGGAGCCCAGUGAGAUCAACCCUAACACACGGGUCAAAGACCCCUUCCAGGUGAAUGCAAACCUUCUGAUUGAGACUGAAGAAGUCAGACAAAGCAUCUGUCAGCUUAACACAGAGAUGAACCGCUUGAAUCAAGAAGUGUCCAAUCUGGCCAAAGAGCUGCAAGAGAUGAUGCACUUCCUUCAUACUCACUUGACCCUGCCCCACUUCUCCUCCACCCUCCCACCAUACUCAUCCUUCAGCCUCCACACGCAGCCUGGCAAUACCAACCUGUCCCCUUCACCUUCGGACUGGCCCACUCGGCUUCCCUUCAUGGCCGCUCCAGCUCCCUGUAGACAAACAGAACCAUCCACCAGGGACUCUUUAGGCCUACGAGCCAGCUGUGGGUGCAGUGGAGGACCAGCCCAUGGUAGAGGGUCUGUGGUGGGUCAAGAAGGGGAGCAUGUCCAUCGACUGGCCAGUCCCCACAGCACCUGCCCACACUCUGUGUGCUGCACUGACCAGGAAAGAGUGGCUGCACUGGGUCUGGAGAGCCAGCCAAACCCCUUUCAGACUUCCAGGACCACUCCCAACUCACCUUACCUGAGGCAUCAAGCCCCUCAGCCAGUACCCUCACUCAUUAGCUUGGCCCCGAACUUCUCCUCUAUCUCCGGUCCCACUAGAAUGGCCCCUCAGGUGGGGAUUGGGACCUCUGUAACACAGAACAAAGCUCAUCCUCUGUGUUCCCAUGGCAACCUCAGCCAGUCCCACCCCUCUCUGAACCUGCAGACGACCCCUGAACUCACGUGCCAACAGUCUACAGCAGCCACGCCCAUCCACAUCUCGCUCACACCCACUGGCCACCCUCAGCCCCUCACUGCUGUCAGUCCGCUGCUGCAUUCUGGGAUUUGUAGUUCCAGCACAUCACAUGUCCCCACAGGGCCCAGACAAAAUGACCCAGUGGGGUCAAGUCCCAUUCACAUGCAUGACAAUGUCCAAACUGCUGCAAGGGAAAUGACAAACACUGGAGAUUUGAGAGAAGCUGGGAAUUAACAUAGUCUGAAUGUAACAAUGUAUCACCAUAAAGAAAUGCAAUGCAUACCAGCUCCACUUCAGUUUUAACCCCUUAAACAGCAAGGACCCUUAUGUGUCGUACCUUUAGCUUUAUAGUAAUUACCAAGGGUGGGCAAUAUGAAGAUAUCAUGGCUGUGAUUACAUUGACUCUUUUCUGAGUAUAUCCUGGGUAUUAUCAGUACUUCUAGAAUUCUGGACAAGUGCAUUCAUCAUGAAGAUUGAUUCAGAUAAAUUUCAGGGACCACUCUAUAGUAACUACAUAACAUACAUAGAAACAAGUAGCUAAUUGGUCAUCAGACCAUUAAUCCAAUUAUCUUUUGUUCUCUUUGUUUCUUUUUUUUUUAUCUAUACUUUAUUGUUGCAUUGACUUGAAAAAUAAUUUUUAUUGCCAUUUUUAAAUGUUUGGUCUGUUCUGUUCAGGUAUCUUAAACUUAAUAUUGUGAAACAUAUUGUGUAUUGUGGAAAAUGUCCUCAGGUAUGUAAUAUAUGUGCCAAAACACCCACCCUUAGUAGUUAAGAUAUUAUUUAUAUUAGUUACUGAAUAAAAUUCUUUAAGAUUAAUAUCUCAUUAAUAAACCUGCAGUUUAAGGGGUUAGUUCAUAAAAAAUGAGGUGGUUUCCUGAUUUUGGGUUGCUUAGUCUCAGUGGGUGUCGUUAUCUGUAUCCAAGCUAUAUACCUUCACCAAAGAAUGAGUGCCUUCAUGGCACGCCAAACCAAAGACAAAUGGCAUAUUUUUCAAAUCUGUACUUUAAAUAUGUAAAAGAUAGAUACUCUUUAAAGUAUCUAUGUCUAAACUACUUUUAUGUCCAUCAGUAGGAAAAAACUGAGAUUAUUAGAUCAAUUUUCACCUCACAAACCGGAAUUACUGCCAAUUUGUUAAGCAAAAGCACAUUUCAGUGAGAACAGCAAAAAUAAAGGAAAUAUUUAGAUGUUUUUGUUUAUUUAAUAAGUUACUUAAUUUACCAUGACGAGCUCGGUUAGCUGCAUCAGACGUUGCCGUGGUCUCAGGGCCUGGAAUUUCGCAGCUUCUCAGCUGCUAUCUAUUGCCAAAAUGUCUUCUAAUUUGUAUCACGUUAUAUAAGCAUACUAUUUCCAAAUAGAUAAACAGUCCAAUCAGUUACUUUACUCAAUAAAAUAAUUUUGAUAGUUUUAUGACUUGUGAUUAACCAAUUGUCAAUCCAUGUGGAUCUACUGGAAAAUGUGUACACAGACAUUAAUAUUUUGUUUGAUUCCACCUUUUAUAGUUUUUAUUUGGUAUUCUGCUUCAUUUUCAUUGACUUUGAGAAGUUAUUUCUCUACACUUAGCUGUGCGGUAUGCAAAGGAGUACGUGUGAAAGGGAGCUAGUUAUAAAUUUAGAAAGCAAUAUUGACAUCUGUCUACAUAGUGUUCAGUUCCGUUUUUUACUAUUUUGCAUGACAAAAAUAUUAGAUUAGAUUACUUCAGCUGGUAAAAGUGAAGGGAAAUCCUCGAAUAUAUAACAAAUAUAUAUCAUGAUAUACAUCAACAUAUUUUAAUUAUACUGUGAUAGAUAUUUUUGGCCAUAUCACCCACCUCUACAUUCCGAAAGGUUUCUUAACCCUUCCGUUAUCCUGGGGUUCAAUCUGACCCCAUUCAAUAUUUAAUGUCUCUAAAUUAAUGAUUGCCAUCAAUUCUUUUGCUUCAUUUUUAAUAACUUUUCCUAAUUUAACACGAACAAGUGGGUAAACAUAAAAUGAACAAGUUUUUACGCAUCUGUGACCUUUGGGGUCAGUUUUGGCCCCAGGCUGAUUUAGCUGUUUAAAACAUAUGCAAUAUCAGCAUUUUAAACAUAUUUGUUUUGGUUGUUUUGGAUGAGAAUGGGGUCACUUUAACAUGCAAUUUUAUAAUCUUUAAAAAAAAGCACCAACCCAACAUGAUCACACCUGUAGUGCAAGAACCACUGAUAGUUCACAUGAUAUGGAAGAGGAGAAAACAUAAUUCCCACCAGAACUUUGACAUUUUUUGGAGGUUUAAAUUGCUGGGUGCGAUGACAAAAGAUACUAUUACAUUUGAAGGUAAUAGGUGGGUUAAUGGCUCUUGGUUUAGAUGUAUGAUUCUGGGAAAAGCCUUGAAUUGGUAUAGAACCUUUACAUUGUGAGGGGAUUCUUUACAUUAAAAUAGUUUUUUACACUUUUACAAACAUCAUUAGUGAGUGUGCUGUACACACUUUUCUGGGGUCACUAAAGGUUUUGAUAAAGGCUCAGAGUGUGCUCCACUGAGUGACCAGACUACGUCUGGUUUUCCAGUUCAAAAGGAGACAGAUUUAUUUCUCACCGUCAAGCUGUUUUGGACUAAUGGAUUGAUAGAGUGAUGAACGUAAGCUGGUGUGAUUUGGGGCUGGUAUGCACUGUCGCACUGAUACAGCAUUGAGGCUAUGUCGAAGAGCUGACUGAAAGAUGCUUCAAAAACGAUAUUUAUAGGCCAUAUGGAGGAAUGUCACAGAUAGUGAGUCUCCAUGGAGACUGAAGAAAACGGGUUGCGCCUGGCACAGAGGAAGGACAAUGAAACGAGGAUUCCUCUGAAAGGCCAAAGCUCAAGACAGCUGUCACUGUCUAAUUAAGCAUAUUCAUUAGUGUAGUGUGCAGAGGCCUUCCACAGAGUGGGCUGAGAAAUACCCCUGCUUUUAAAUACUUUACACCAUUUUUCUAUAAGUGUCUGCAUGGGAUGAAUAUAUACAGGCUAAAGUCAUGUACUACGGGGAAGCCAGCAUUGGCAAAUUGUAUGCCAUGCUAAUUAAAGCCUCAUGCUGCAUGAUAUUACUGAGAGCUUGCCUUCUGUGGAUUCUGUGCUCUGUUUUUGUUCGCUUCUGUUGUUUACAGCCACAGCACAAUGACUGACAGAAAAAAAGUACCUUUCUGAAUGAACUGAAGUUUCUACAGGCUCACUAUGGGUAGUCUAUCACUCAGGAAUGCACAAGGCACCAGUACUCAAAAUGCUGCAUUAUUCUCUGUACUUUCGAUAGGAAAGGUUUCUAAAUAUUACAUAGGCUCUACAUUAAUCACAGUCAAUCACUCUAUUUUUUGUAUUUUUUUUUAAACAAAUUAAUGAAUGUCACCCUGUGACUGUCCUGCAAUGGUUCUAAUGGUGUUUUGUCACAGCCUGUUAAAGUAAUACUGCAGAGUCUUUCAAUCUGGCCUCUAUCUGCUGCAUCUGUGUAUUAAAUUGACCUACCCAUGCUCCACCCACAGAGCAACAGUUGCUAGGUUGUGCAAGCAUUACAGGAUGUUGACAAAAGUCUCAUUCAACACAAAUAAUUUAGCUUACAGUUUACAGACACUACAUAUUGUUGAGUUUCCGCUUUAAAAUGCUACACUACCAAGCUGGACUUCUCAGUAAUCAAACCUGGCUGGUUGGUAUGUGGCUCAAAAUACAUAUCAUUCGAAAUUUUAAUAUGUUGAAAAACUUAGUUGUGCACGACCAAUGCAUAUUGAUUAACAGUUUGGCCGAUAUUCUUUAAAGCUUGUCCAACCUUGCAACAGUAGCUAUGAAAGAAGGCAUUGGUGGGCAGAGCAUGGGCAUGUCCAUUUUGAUGCUGAAGCAACCUUAGUUACAACAGCUGCUGAAGCAGCUGCCCAUUGACUUCUGUUAUGUGUGCUGUAUGUCAAAGUGUUUUCUAUUGGUUUCUAGGUAAAGUGAACAUGUCAGAAGUAUUGUCCAUGAAAAUGAAUUGUUUACUACAGAUGCAACAAAUAGAGAUUAAGCUGAAAAAAGCUGUAGUAUCACUUUAAUGCAUGCUGAGUAUAAAAGCAGAUGGCCUGCUCCAUUAGAGUUGUGGCUUUUUACAGGCUUUGAAUGGCCACAUACAAUUAUGUGUUUAUAAGGCUUGUGUGUUCUGUUUGUAUUUACCUGACAGAUCAACUCUGUCUUUUUGUAAUGAUGUUUUGCUUCAGUGCAUUAAUGCAAACUAAAAGUCCUGUACACAAAAAUAAAUUUUUAAAAAGGA